GUCAACGUCGUCGCCAUAUUGAAUCGGGCAACUCGGGCAACUCACUCUCUCUUGGAAAAAAAUGCCUGAUUCAUGCGUUGCUUGGGGCUGUAAAAACCGUCGCACAGCACAGACAAAAUCCCGGGGAAUUACUUUUCACAAGUUUCCCAAACUGAAAGCGUUGAGGAAGCAGUGGGAAAUUGCCCUAAGAUGGGAAGGUUUUUCCGCCAGCGAUUCUUCCGUGCUUUGCAGUGAGCAUUUCAGGGAGCAGGACUUGGACAAGACGGGUCAGACCGUAAGGAUCAGAGAAGGAGCAAAACCAUCUGUCUUCAAUUUCCCAGCUCAUAUACAAAGACCAGUGUCAGCGCGGACAACAAAAACCUCAAGGAGAGCUGAAGAAAGCCUGCCGGUGGACUGUUCUCCGCAGGUCAAACGUCCUGCCCCAGAGACAAGACCUCCACCAAAUCUUGACCACUCCUAUGCAUUGCCAGCAGAUCCCACUGGUCUAAAGGCCAGACUCAGUGAAGCCUUGGCUAGAGUGGAGAGUCUGGAGAGGGACAUGAGGAACGUGAGGAAACGAGAACAAAGGGCAAAGACUAUAGUACUUUCUCUUCUAGAUGAUCUGAGCGGAAAGAACGUCAUAAACGAAGAGCUGGAACACAAGCUCAAUUUCUACUCUGGGAAAAUGAAAAUUCAAUAAAAUGUUGAACUCUAUGUAUAUCUCAUGUCCGCACUUUCCACGUCUCUACAAAUUCUUAGGGAAUUUCAAAUCUUCUCAUUUGACCUGCUGCCAAAAAGGGCCAUGAGUGCAAAAGAAACUGUCCACUGGUCCAAAAGCAUUCAACUAAGAGAUUUUUUUUUCUUUUCUUUUUUGAACUACCACAUGCACAUACAUUGCAAAGAUGUUUUUUUUUUUAAUGUCAUUUGACAAUAUUCUGGAUGGUUUUACAAAGGUGAAUGCUAGACUUGGCCUCAACAUGAUGUUAGAUAUGUUCAUAUGUAAAGUAUACGUGAUAUUGAUGUCUGUGGUUCCAGUGCAGGAAAACACCUGCCAAGUCAAGGUUUUUUUUUGUUGUUUUUUUAAUGUGUGUAUUCAUUUCUCAAAUGCAGUUUAUUUGUGAAAAUUUGAAAGCUGUUUUGUGCAUUGCAUGUACUUCACUUUUGUUUUUCUAAUCAUUUGUGAAUACAUGAAUAAAUAUCUAUUGUUAUAUUACAA